CAAAGACCGCGCGCAGUGUUGCCUUGCCGCGCUCCGAGCACAACACUUGCCCUCAAAACAUAUUUUUACUAUAUAAAAAAAAAAAAACUCUCUUUUUUCGUUUACAAUUUAUGUGUGUUUCUUUCGACAAGCCAUUAUAUACAUAUAUAUAUAUAUAUAAUAUAAAUCUCAACAUAUUUUAAAUGUACUUUUUAAAGAGAAAAAAAAUAAUAAUCACGUUCUUUACCUCUUUAGAAUAUAUUGUAUUCUAAUCAAAUUGUUAAUUCUUUUCUAGUAAGAAAAAAAAUUUUCCGACAAUUUAUGUCAACAUAUCUUUAGACUCAUAUCGAGGUAUCCUUGUAAAUAAAUCUUCGCAAUUUUCAUCUUAAAAUUAUAAAAUAGUUCGCUUAUAGUAUUAAAAUGAGAAAGGGGGUAGAGAAGAGAGAAAUUUUUGGUAAUGUAUAAAAAUAAUCGAGAUUUAUGAUAACGUGAAUUUAUGAGAAUUAGGAUUAGAUCAGUGAUCAAUAUUUGAAAAAAAAUGAUCGUUUAUUGAUAAGUGAUCAGUAUUCGAAAUGAUCGAUAUUUGAUGGAAAUGAAUUGAUAUUCGAUGAAAGUGAUCAAUAUUUGAUUAAAAUGAUUAAUAUACAUAUAUAUACUAAUUAGAAAUUGAUAAAUAAAUGUUUUGAGAAAACAAAAACUACAAAACGAAAAAUGAUUACAAUAUAGUUGAAGAAUAUAAUUAAUAAUUCAUCUUAAUAAUUAAUUAUACUAAAGCAAAUGAUCAUAAAAGAAAAAUCAACAUAUACAAGGUAAUUUUCAAUAUAUAUAUAAUAGAAGAGAUGUUAAAGAAUUAACGAAAAGAAAAAUGAUCGAUGUAGAAUAAAAAUGAUCAAGAGAAUAUAAUCAACAUAUAAUUGAAACGAGCAAAAAAAAACUACGAUAAAUGAUCAUAAGUUAAUAUAUAAAAUUAAAAAAUAAAUCAUGAACGAUCAGAUUUCAAUAACAUAGUUAAAAAAUUUUAAACAUUUUGAAAUGAUUUUUUCAAGAAGAAAAAAUAAUUGGCAUUGGUUGAAGUCAACAUUUAAUAAAAAGUUUCACCUAAGAAAUUUCAAGACUAAUGAGUUUAUUUUGGAAAAAAUAAGCAAAAUGAAGAAAAGUCGAUGAAAAAGUGAUAAAAUUAAUAAUUUAAAGUUUAUCAGUGUUUUUUCUCCUAUUUUUGAAUUCCUUUUUGCCCCCCAUUCAUAAUAUCUUUAUCUCUCGAAUGGUGCCUAUAAUGAUUCAAUAAACUAGUGCCUAAAUCGUACAUGGAAUACAAUUUAAAAAAAAUAAUAAUAAUAAUAGCGCGAAUUAGUGUAUUUAAUUGCUAGUGCUCGCGCUUUGGAGUAUAACAUAAAGUUUACUUGUUAUAUUUCAAGAAUUGGUGAUUAGGUUUUGUUUAAAAAAAAAAAAAAAGAAAAGUGUGUCAUUUAAUAAAAAAAAAAAUGAGUUCUGUUUAAUUCUGAGAUACGAUUAGUGGAAUAAUAAUUAGAGUGCUUUUAAUCAGUGAUGUCACAAUUAAUGCUAUAUAACUUGGGACACGCAUCCAACGCGGGAAAUGAUACAAAUAAUAACGCUAAUACCAAUAGCAGUAUGGAGGAUGACGAUUCUUUUGCACUGCCUACGAUUUAUAGAUGUCGUGCUCCAAUUGCAAGUUUAGAUUGCAUGGAAGAAUUCAAUGGAGUCGAAUCUGGCGUUCAUUGUAAUGUAUCAACGGGAACUAAGGAACAAUUGCUGACGAGCUGUGUAAGUUCACAGUCGCAACGACUACAACAUCCAUCGCCGGGUAUUCGUUAUCGCAACUUGGGCAAAAGUGGUCUGCGUGUUUCCAAUGUUGGACUAGGAACGUGGACUACAUUUGGAGGUGUAGGAGGAUCGAAUAACGAAGAAACAGCCGAAGCCGUUGUGACACUUGCCUAUGACAGUGGGAUAAAUGUGUUUGACUUGAGUGAAGCCCACAGUGGGCACAAGGCUGAAAUUCAAUUGGGACGAAUUCUCUUGCGUCGAAACUGGAAUCGUUCCAGCUAUGUCGUUACAACGAAAAUAUACUGGAACACCAAAACGGAAGGAAGGGGACUUUCACGAAAGCACAUUAUCGAAAGCGUACAAGCAUCUUUAGCAAGAUUACAAUUGUCAUACAUUGACAUUGUCAUGAUUCAUAAAGUUGAUCCGAUGUGUCCCAUGGAAGAAAUAGUACGUGCAAUGAAUUAUGUAAUUGGCAAAGGUUGGGUGAUGUAUUGGGGAACAUCGAGAUGGACUCCUGUCGAGAUUAUGGAAGCAUACACCAAUUGCAGACAAUUUAAUUGUGUAACUCCAAUUGUCGAGCAAGCAGAAUAUCAUCUUUUUUAUCGAGAUAAACCAGAACUUUAUAUGCCCGAAUUGUACAAUAAAAUUGGUGUGGGACUAAUGGCAUGGUCCACAAUUACAAUAGGCAUGAGCUCAUCAAAACCGGAAGAGGGAAUGUCUUCUCUUUUAUCUAGAUCUUCAUACAAAAAUAAAUAUUCCUCAUUCAGUUGGACAGAAGAUGAAACCCAAUCUUUAUACAAAGAGGGUACUAAAUGGAAGGAAGAGACAUCAGAGGAAGAACCGGCUCGAAAAUAUUCCGAUAAAUUAAGGGACGUAUGCGCAUUGGCAGAAAGACUCGGUUGUUCAUUUGCACAAUUGGCAAUUGCGUGGACCUUGAAAAACGAGAGUGUUCAGUGCCUUCUUCUCGGAGCAUCAAGCAUAGAACAACUCUACGAGAGCCUCCAAAGUUUACAGCUCAUUCCAAAAUUAAAUACAACAAUGAUGACCGAAAUCGAAAGGAUAUUGGAAAAUAAACCGUCCCGACCACCGAUGGUAUCAACAUUGGCACUUAGAUGACAAUCGAUUUGCCCCCACGGAAGUCGCGGGGGCUCAAUUGAAGAAGGUGGUGCAUCCAGUCCAAAAAGUGAAGGUGGCAUUAGCCAAGAUCAGGAACAAAGCAAAGAAGGAAGUCAGAAGCUUUCUUUUUGCCAAAUACAGUGAGAAAUUUAUGCCUUUAUAUAUAAUUUCAAAUUGAAUAAUCUUCACAUCUGGUAUACCGCUUAAAUGUGCUUCCUUAAAUUACAAAAUUGUCUAUAAUGCAAAACAAUAAUCGACGAUGAUAAUUAAUAAUUUUUAAAUUUAGAAGCACACUGAUAAACUAUUUAUAAAAAGUGAUACUUCGAAUAAUUUUUUAAUAAUAAUCUCGAAACGAAUUAACAAUUACUAUAUAUGGCGAUUUUUUUUUUUUAAAUAUCCAAAAUAUUUGUUCAUGCCUUGGCAAAAUUUGUUUUUUUUUUAAUCGCAUAUUCAAAAAUAACAUUGAUAUUAAAAAAAAAAUACUCGAACGGAAAAAAAAUAUAGGUAAACAAAUUUUUAACGAGUCUCUCACGAUGUGAUUACAAUAAUAGUGAAUACAUUUGAAAUAAAAAAAAAUAUGUCAAUCGUGACUUUUUUUCGAGAUGAGGCAAAUUUUGACUGGUUUUGACCAAGUGAAACACAACGAACAACAUUAAUAAUAGUGUGUUUCUACUAUUCGUAUUUAAUAUAUAUAUAUAAUAUUUUCAAAAUAAUAUAUAAUAUAGCCACAGUGGUGCGUCUGAAUUCUUUCGCGACGUGGUGUAAAUUUAAAAAUAUAAAGUGCGAGCAAAAAUACACUUUAAAUAUAAUUAAUAAUUAAUAAUAAUAAAUUAAAACUAAAAUUAAUAAUCAAUAAUAAAUUAUAUAUAUAUACUUGAUCAUAUAGUGCAUUUUGAUGGACAAACGUGAUAGUUCAUUGCCAUUUUUGUCCCUCCAAUGUAUUUUUAAUCAUUAUUCAUAUAUUGCUCACGUAAAAAUGAUUCUAGGAUUAUUAACUAAAUUCUAUAUAAUAUAUAUUAAAUAUUUAUAAUCGAAAUAAAAGAAAAAAUUUACUUGCAAACUAUCAUCUCGCGAAAAAUAAAAACAUUAGCUAGUAAUAAAGCAAGAUUCUAUAUAUAUUCUAUUCUCUCAAUCGCAUUUGCGAUUUUGCUCACAUGAUCUUAACAAUGUUCACUUCAAUAAUAACAUUAUUUCAUGCUAAUUAAUUUAAUUUAUUUCAUUGUCAUAAAAAAACUUACAAUUUUUAUUUUUCUUUAAAAAAUACAAAUAAAUGAAAAUUUCAAAUAUGAAGAAUAUUUUUCCCUAUUUAGUAGCUUUAAGGCCAGGUCCAAGUCGAGUCAGCUGUUCCUUUGAAGUUUCAAUGGAACAGCUGACACAACUUGGACCUGGCCUUAAUUUAAUUUUUAUUUAAUUAAUAUUUAAAAAAAAAACGUAAUUUAUUUUUCAUUUUGAAUAAUUUAAUUUUCUGCUUUAUUUUGAGCAUUGUUAAUCUCAUCAAAAGUAGCGCUCAAAAUGCCGUUAUAGGUAGCAAAGAAGCGUAAAGGUUUUUGCGAACUAUUUUACUGUAGAGUGUAAGAAUUCUUAAGAAUUGCCAAAAAAAUUUUUUUUACAGAAAUGCGAUUAAUUUUCUGAAAUAUCAAAUAUAACUUUCGUCACUAAAUAUUUUUUUGUCACAAUUUGGUUUUGAAUAUUCAUUUAAAAUUGAAAAAAAGAAACUCAUCGUAUAAAAAAAAAUUAAUUAUUUCAUUUAAUAUUUAUAAAAUAUUAUUAUUUAUUUACAUAAAUUUGUAAUAUUCUUUUUUUUAAUAGAUUUUUUCAGGGUAAACGAUUUUAUUCUAUAAUAAUAAUAUAAAAUACAAUAAUAAAAGUACAUCUGUAUAUGAAAAUUUUUCCUCAAAUAUAGAAUUAAAAUAAAACAAUUAAUCAUAAUUCUAAUAAUAUAAUUACAAUUAUUGUAAUAAUGUAUAUAUAAUUAUUGCAAUUAUUAUUUAAUAAUUUUAUGAUAAUAAUUAUUUAAUAAUAUUACUUUUAAAAAAAAAUUGAAAUAAUUUGUAAUUAUACGCGAAAAGAAAACAGUAAUAAAAUAAUUACUAUAUAAAUAUAGUGACAUUUUAUAAGCGGGAAAGUGAUAAGUAACAUAUACUGCGACAGUCAAUCUAGAAUAUAAUGAAAAGAGUUUUUAGAUUGACAAUCUUAAGAAUUCUUAUAAACUUGAUUAACUCUAAAAAAAAAAUACAUUUUAUACGAGUAUCAUUCCGAGUUUAUCAUUAAAUUAACUAUAUCAAUCGAAGGCACGCAAUUUUUCUUUUAUAAAACAAAAAGAUUUUUAAUUUUGUUUCUGUUUUUUUUUUCAUUUAAAUAGACUUUUUUGUAAAAUAAAAUAUAUUUUGAUUUUUUUAUCAUCAGUAUGAUUCCCUUGAUUUGAUCUCAAUAUUUACAAAAUAUUUGUGAACAGAUCCAAUGCCAUUAUCAUCGUGACAUAUUAUAAUGUCAGGUAUAACAAUGUAUUCUUGAUAAGAUAAAAAAUAUGCUCAGUGAAAGUAUAAUAUUAACAUUUGUCUCAAAAGUAUUAAAAAAAAAAAGUAAUUUUAAUUUUUUUUCCAAUAAGAAAAACGAGAAUGUUAGUUAUGUCAGCGUUUUAUAAUCCUCUUUUAUAUUCUUUCAUCAAUGCAGUGAAUUAAAUUUUUUUCUCAUUACGUGCCUUCGAUUUAAUUUUCUGUGCAGUAUCUCUUAGACUAAAAUACAAUUUUUCUGAUUAAAACAAAAAAUUAAUUUUAUAGUAUCAUAUCAACAUUAAAGUGAUAAAGUCAUUAUUAGUAAAUACUGAGGUCCAUUUACACAUAUACGAAUGCAAAUAUUAUAUAGGUACUUUGUCCUUUUUGAGAAUGUUAGAAAUUUUAUAUUUUCUUUAUAUAUUUAUCUAAAAAUUAAUUAACUUCAAUAUUGUGAAAUUUAUUACUAGUUAUUUUAUCAGAAUAAUGAAAUUUUUGUUUUCUUUUUCUUGCAGAAAAUGAAGAACAUUUUUAAAAGGACAAAGAAAAAUUAAUUAUAAUCGAUAAUGUUCCUAUUAAAUGGAACAUAUUUUUUUCUCAACAAACACUGAGAACUUUGUAAGCGCUAUCUGUGCACCAAGUAAAAAAAAACUACGCGAAAAUUUUUCAUAAAAAGGAAAUAUAGUUAAUAAUAAUAAUAAUAAUAAUAAAUAAAUAAAUAAAUCUCGAGAAUAAAACGCAAUACAAAAAUAAGAUUCGUAAUAUAAAAAAAAGAAUCCAUAAUUUUUGGUAGAAAUUUUAACCCUAUAUAUAAACAUAUAAGGAAAAUUUUUCUUCAAUGUUGGGAAAUCGUGACAAAAUUUUUAUCAAAAAUAAAAAUCACGAUUGCUGUCUAGAUAAUUUUAUUAAUAUAAAUAAAAUUAUAAGAGAACUCAAGUACGAGGGACUUUACCAGUAUUUCGUCAUUUCAAAUUAAAAAAAAAAAUUGGCGAUAUAAAAAAAAUUUUUAUUAAUAUUUAGUUAAAUAAUAGAUCGAGUACAAAAAUCUUCUUUGACUUUAGAAACAUAAAUAGUUAAAACUACAUACAUAAACAGAUUAUUAGUGUUAUUAUCUGAUUAUCUCGAAUUGUUAUAAUGAUAAUAAAUAAGCUUUCAGCCUUAUUAGGUUUUUAUGCCUCAUCGACAUCGAAAGCAACAUGUCCUGGCGAUAAAAAAAAAAAAAUCAAAUGCUUAUAUGAUUUUCAAUAAUCGACGGAAGAUACUACCGCAAAGAUUAUAAUAUUUAUAGUGAUAAAAUCGUUUUUUUAGUGGACCUGCCGUGAUUCACGUAAUAUAAUUAGCGAAACUUUUAUCAUCAUUCAGAAGGCACAUUUUAAAUCACGUAAAGAUAAUAAACUUUGUCAGAUUAGAAUAAUAGCUUAAAACCAAUUUUCGAUAAGCGUUCUAUCUUCCGGAGUAAUAUUAAAUAAUAGUUUUUCCAUACAGAUAACGAAAUAUAUUAAUUAUAUAUAUACAAUAAAAAAAAAAACUAAUUUUUUUCACAAUAUUUUACAAGGGCAGCAUAAUUUUUCAUUUUUUUAUUCAAACAGCACGAGAGAAGUGAUUAUUAAUUAAUUGUAUAAUUUUUUUUUCCCCCAACAUGUAAAAUUUAAAUAAUAAUAGUAAUAAUAAUAAUAUAGCUAAAGUAGAAGAAAAAAUUAACUGGAAAUUUUAAUCGAAAAAAGAAUUUUUUAGAGAAAAAAAACAACUGAGUUGCAACAUUUUAAAUUUUUCGUUUUUCCAUAGCGAAAUUGUUUUUAUUUUCUUAUUUUGCAAAAAUUAAAUGUUUAUUAAAAAAAAAUAAUUGUUUCAUAAUGUGAAAUUAUUGUUUACAAUGCACUAAUUUAUAAGAUAAAAGAACGACGACAUUUUAAUAAUAAAUGAUUUUUACAAGCUAAUUACACUGCUGCCUCUCAUUGAGGAAUAAAUUGUUUAAUAUAUCUUUAUAUAAAAUAAAAUAGAUCAGAAUCAACUGACUGCUUAUUAAUCAUAUUAAUUGAGAAAGCAAAAAGAUUUUAUGAAAAAGUUUAAUUACAGAAAUACACUCGUCUCGCUAAUAAUAUUGAUUUCUAAUAAGAAAAAAAUAUAAUUUCUAUAUAGAAUUGUACUUAUUAAUUAUUAUGUAAAUUAAUAAGAAUUAAAUUUAUGAAUAUUUGCAAAAUAUAAAAAAAAAAAAAAAAAAAAUUAAGGGACAUUGCAUUUCUCAGGUACAUACAAAGAAAAAUAAUUAUAUAUGCAAUUACGCAAAUUCUAAUAUAAUAUUUAUUAAAAUUUAAUAAUGAAAAUAUUAUUGUUUUUCUGUGAAAUUUAAAAAUAAUGUAAUUUAUAUAUGAAUUUUUUUCUCAACAAAAAUUUCAAAGUUUAAAUAAAUUAUAUAUUGUUAUUUUAAAUAUUUAAACUUUCUUUAACAUCUGUAAAAUAUAUGUAAUUCUUCUAAAUAUUCAUUGUUUACUUGUUAUAGACUAUUUGUUAUAAAAUAUUUAUAAAAUAUUUUAAUCAUAGAAAAUUUUAUCGCAAUUUAAAUAUGUUAUUUUGUUAUUGUUAUAGAUAUAUACAUAUGUUAGUUUGUUAAUGGCGAGAUUUGUGUGUGUUUCAUCGAAAGAUUUUCCGAAAGUAUAUGAUAAAAAACGAAAAAUAUUGUGUAAUAUUAUUUUCUGCCACAGCAAAAAAAUUUUCUUGUCACGAUUUAAAAGAGAAGUGAUUAUUAUUAUGCCAAUAGAAAGUUACUUUUCUACCGAA